AUGCUUCUAAUCAGAACCUCCAUUUCCAAUACCAAGAAGUACUUUCACAGAACACUAGAAAGUUUCAAGUCCUUUCUUUAUGGAGGGUACCAAAGGCUUCCCAGGACCCCUCCCUUCAAUCCCUGCGCUUGUAGUCGUGCCGCCAACAUGAAUUCCAACCAAAGUUACUGUGAAUUAGACAUGUUCAACAAGGAUCUCACCAACCAAUGGGACACCGUUGAACACAUGAUCGUGAAGAAGAAGAAGAAAAGCCAGAAGAAAACAAUAUCCACAACGGUGGAAAAACACGAGGAAGGAGUUUCUAGCAAUUAUUCGAUUAAAGUUGAGGAGCAGAAGAAGAAGAAAUUUGGCUAUGAAGGAAGAAGAAAAGAAGAUCCAUCAUUUUCUCUAGCACAGAGACAGGAAAGGAAUUACUUGAUGAGACAAAGGUUAAAGGAAUUGGAAAUGAUGGAUAAGAGCAAUGUAGAGCAUGUACUGGACAUUGAGGAGGUUCUUCAUUACUACUCUCGCUUGAAUUGCCCGGCUUAUCUCGACAUUGUUGACAGGUUUUUCGUGGACAUGUACACAGAACUAUGCAGUUUCCAGGCACAAGCUCAAGGUGACAGUUCAAGAACAAGGCUCCGCUCAGCGAUGGUGUAG